AUUUGUCUUAUUUCUUAAUCGAACAGAAACGAUUUUCGCGCAUUCUUUGGUUGAUUAUUUCCCAAACCUGUGAAUACCCAGUUUCGAGAAUGUUCCGUCUCCCAGUCGCGCUGAGAAAUGCCGCUUCCCUUAAAUUAGUCAACGUCGUUGCAAGGAGCUAUGCGAAAGAUGUUCGAUUUGGUUCAGACGUUCGUGCAUUGAUGCUCCAAGGAGUAGAUGUUCUUGCAGACGCCGUGGCAGUAACACUGGGUCCGAAGGGUCGGAAUGUGAUCUUGGAACAAAGCUGGGGAAGCCCGAAGAUCACGAAAGAUGGGGUGACAGUUGCUAAGGGAAUCGAGUUGAAAGAUAAAUUUCAGAACAUCGGUGCGAAGCUCGUGCAGGAUGUGGCGAAUAAUACGAAUGAAGAAGCAGGUGACGGCACAACAACUGCCACCGUUCUUGCUCGUGCCAUCGCGAAAGAGGGAUUCGAGAAAAUCUCGAAAGGGGCGAAUCCCGUCGAAAUUCGUAGAGGAGUCAUUCUUGCCGUUGACGCUGCCGUGAAUCAUUUGAAAAGCCUCUCGAAGCCUGUCAAAAAUUCUGAAGAAGUAGCCCAAGUGGCCACUAUCUCGGCGAACGGAGAUUCACAAAUCGGCUCGCUCAUUUCAGAGGCGAUGAAGAAGGUUGGACAGGAAGGCGUCAUAACCGUGAAAGAUGGCAAGACUUUGCAGGAUGAGUUGGAAGUUAUCGAAGGCAUGAAAUUCGAUCGAGGCUACAUCUCUCCAUACUUCAUCAAUACGACCAAAGGAGCUAAAGUUGAAUUUCAAGAUUGCUUAGUUCUCAUCAGUGAGAAAAAGAUUUCAUCCAUUCAAUCAAUCAUCCCUGCUUUGGAACUUUCAAACACGCAGCGUAAACCUUUGCUCAUCAUCGCGGAAGACGUUGACGGAGAAGCGUUGUCCACCUUGGUAGUCAACAGGCUGAAGAUCGGAUUGCAAGUUGUCGCAGUCAAGGCUCCUGGUUUCGGUGAUAACAGGAAAAACACGCUUCACGAUAUUGCGGCUGCUACCGGUGGAAUGGUGUUCGGAGAUGAAGGUGCCGACGUUAAAAUAGAAGAUGUUCAAAUUCACGAUCUCGGGAAAGUCGGAGAAGUUCUUGUAACGAAAGACGACACCUUACUCCUUAAAGGGAAGGGGAAGGAAGCCGACAUAGCUGCGCGUGUGACUCGAAUCAAAGAUGAAAUUCAGCUGACGAAUUCUGAGUAUGAGAAGGAGAAAUUACAAGAGCGUCUCGCUCGAUUGGCGUCAGGAGUUGCUGUCCUCAAAGUUGGAGGCUCCAGCGAAGUUGAAGUUAAUGAGAAGAAAGACCGCGUAACUGACGCAUUGAACGCAACUAGGGCAGCAGUUGAGGAAGGCAUUGUACCUGGUGGUGGCACUGCCCUGAUCCGCUGUAUGAAGGCUUUAGAUAACGUGAAGACUGGGAAUGAAGAUCAGAAAAUAGGUGUUGAAAUCGUCCGACGUGCCUUGAGAAUGCCUUGCCACCAAAUUGCCUCAAAUGCCGGAGUAGAUGCUUCAGUUGUUGUGAACAAAGUCAUUGAAGGUGAAAAUGAUUUUGGCUACGACGCUCUCAAUGAUGAAUUUGUCAACAUGAUCGAAAAGGGUAUUGUGGAUCCAACUAAGGUUGUCCGAACUGCCCUGAUCGAUGCAUCUGGUGUUGCUUCCUUGCUCACGACAGCCGAAUGUGUCGUUACAGAAAUUCCGAAAGACGAAAAAGACCCGAUGGGUGGCAUGGGAGGAAUGGGCGGAAUGGGUGGCGAAGGUGUCGUUCGCAUGGCGUCGGUGACGUCUGUUUUCGUUGCAGCCGCCUGCAACAGAACUGUCAAUUCGGCAGCGUGGGGAGGUCCCUUGAUAUGCUACGCCUCGAGCAAGAAGUUGAUUCUUUAUGAUCCAGAUGCGUAUGCAGAUUGUGGUCGCGUAAUCUUGACAGUUACUGGCCACAAAGGUGAUGUGAAUGCGGUUCGUUGGGUCACGCUGUCGGGAACGAAAUCUUGCACUGAUGAACUGUACCUGUUGAGCGCUUCCAAAGAUAAAACAGCGAGACUCUGGGCAGUGAGGAAGCAAGCAGAUGGGGGAUACGUCGUGAACACGGUUGCUGAAAUGAUCGGUCACAAGGACUCCGUGAAUGAUGUAGAUGGAGUCCUUUAUCCCGGAGCGGGAGAGGUUGUUCUGACUACUAUUUCUACGGACAGUACCAUGAUGCUUUGGCAAGGAACCGUAGUGACUGGAAUCCAGUGCAUUCAAGUAAUAGAAUUUAAAGGAAGAGGGUUAGGUCUAACUGCACGCAUUGCGUGCUUCGGAUCUUUCGAUGUUCCUCUUGUCUUUUGCGCGAGAGAUGAUUGCUCAAUAGAAGUAUACGCCCUGGAUCAAUCCAAAUCCUUCGUGAUGGCGGAAAAAUUGUUUGGUCACAAAGACUGGGUGAGAUCAAUUGAUUUCAUCCGCAAAGAUGAAGAAACUGCGUAUCUGGCGUCAGGGUCUCAAGAUACUUCUAUAAGAAUUUGGAAAAUAACCAAGAAUAACCCUUCAGCGAAAGAAACGGGAGAUUCCCUGCAGCUCAAGUUAAUGAAGAUUAAAAAUGCGUACGAAUUACAAGGGGUCGAGUACCUUCUAGAGCUGUCGAUCACCCUGGAUUCGGUGUUGAUGGGGCACGAGGGGUGGGUGUAUGGAGUUCAAUGGGGAUUCAGAGCGACAGGCAAGCAGGUACUUUUGUCAGCGUCUUCUGACAAGACCAUGGUACUUUGGUCAGAGGAUGAAGAUAGUGGGCUUUGGCUGGAAGACGUACGGAUUGGAGAUAUCGGGGGAAAUCAAGUUGGGUUUUUCGGUUGCAUGAUGUCGCCAGAUGCUCAGAAAAUCAUUGGUCAUUCACGACACGGUGCAUUCCAAGUGUGGACUUGCCUUGAUCAGGAGGCGCAAGCAUGGAAACCGAGCGUUGGCUUUGGUGGCCACUUCGGCAAAGUGGAAGAUCUCGCGUGGGAACCGAAGCACGGUUCUUAUUUACUGUCAACUGGCACCGACCAAACGACAAGGUUAUUUUCUGUCUGGAGACGGACAGGAAUGAAUGGAAAUGAUGUCGAGUCCUGGCAUGAAUUGGGACGACCUCAAGUGCAUGGUCACGACCUGAGCUGCAUAUCGUGUGUGACGGAUACUUGCUUUGUUUCUGGAUCUGAAGAAAAGGUUGUUCGAGCUUUUCGCGCUCCCAAAGAUGUGCUGGAAACCUUAUCCAAGUUGACGAAGGACGGACAUUUUCUUGAAUCGGUGACCGCGGGAAUUUCUCUACCUGUCGGUGCAUCAAUGCCGGCGUUGGGAUUGUCGAACAAAGCCGUUUUCGCUUCCGAAGCAGAGAAACGGCAUACUACGAAGAACGAAGAGGGAUUUGAGAGUCCGUUCAAACAUGUUGAUUUAGAAGCUCCGCCGACAGAAGAUUUGCUUCUGCAGAAUUGCUUGUGGCCCGAGGAGCACAAAUUGUAUGCACAUCCUUACGAAAUAUUCGCGCUUUCUGCUGCACCGGAUGGAACUCGAGUGGCAUCUGCCUGCAAGGCCUCACAACCAGAACAUUCUCGAAUCGCGAUUUGGGACACCAAGUCAUGGACUGUGAAACAAUGGCUUUCCGGUCACACGCUUACAAUUACCCAGCUUUUGUUUUCACCUGAUGGUCUGUCCCUGUUGUCGGUGUCAAGAGAUCGAUCUUGGUGCUUGUUUUCUUCAAUUGGAUGUAAUGAUCUCAAACUAACCGCGAAGAUGACCAACAAACCAAAAGUAGUACAUUCUAGAAUUAUCUGGGCUUGUGAUUGGACUCCCGAUUCGAAGUAUUUUGUUACGGUGUCGAGGGAUAAACGAGCCGUCGUAUGGAAACGACCUGAAUUCAGAGAGGAAAUCCAAGAUAACUCUGAUCCGGAGAGGGCCUCUUCGGUUUUACAGUUGAAGGAAUCAAUCAACAGUGUCGCAGUCGCCCCGAGGAAGUUUUCUGAUGAUGCUUACGUUUUGGCGUUCGGGUUGGAAACAGGCGAAAUUCUCUUCUACUCUUGGACAAAUGAAUCGUCUGGUGAUAUUGAUUGGUCUCACCUAUAUACAUUAGAUCAAGGACAAGCGCACUGUGACCUGGUCAAACGACUGUGCUGGAAACCUGAACCUCCAGAGCAGGAUUCCUUAGGCGGUCCGUUAUUGCUGGCGUCUUGCAGCCACGACAUGAUGGUCAGAAUUCACCAUGUCCGCUUUCCACUUCAGCGAUGAAACGAAAAUUUUGCACACGACAUGCACUGUUGAUCGGUAUUCAUGGCUAACCUGGAUAUUUGUUGCCAACUCUCCGUGUUUUGCCUACGCCGUUCAUGUGUUCCUUGGCAACGGAGUUAUUCCGUGGCCGAAGUCUGUUCGAAAGGUUGCUUAGCGGCUUACCGCUGCUUAGACAUCGCUGCGAGCUCCUAGUUAUUGUGACGUGUUUCAGUCAUACAGGGAUGUCGCAAUUAAAAGACUCAUCGUUGGAA